UAAACAGUUCUUUUGAACAGUUUAGUGCAGUUUUUCGACGCAACAUGAACAGACAGUGCGGCUCCAAUUUAUUUGCGCAAAUCUCAUUUACAUUUUCGCUCAGUCUAUGUGUAUUGCCAUUAAUACAGAGCCUGCCAGCGCAUCUUGAUUUUAACACCGAUGCUUAUCCAGUGGUGUAUAGCCAAUAUGUGCGCCGCCUGCCGCUGGAGUCACCAGACGACUGGUAUGCAGAAGAAAUACUAGAAACGUUUAAACUGCAAAAUCUAGUGCCGCAGGUGGAGAGUUUAAGUGAUGAAAUGUUGGAGCUGUUGAUACUUUGUGACUUUCAGCCAGCGCUUAGUGAAUGUCAACAGCUAUAUGAAGGAAAAGGUGAAGUAAAUAAACCGGAAGCAACAACGAUUCUGCCAACUAAAACUACAAAGACGACUAUAAUAGCCACACCAGCAACAACAACAGACAGCUACUUGCCAUUUUUCCCAAACAUUUCUGAAGAGAAUGAAUUUGACGUCAAGGUAAAUGCGCAAAUGGGUGGCACAACUCCCUCCGAUAUCGAAGAAUAUGCGCAACCAAACUACGAGUAUAAUAUAGCCGAAGACCUUGAACCGCUAGACGUAAAAGUUUAUGCUUAUAAAGAAUAUAAUCAGAAUGCCGAGGACGCGAAUGCUGAAAAUUCAGAUAAUUAUUAUUACUGAAAUUUAAGUACUGCAUUACUCAUUAAAUAAAGGUAUUGUGUGUCUCAAUGGUAAAA